AGAAUCCAUACAAGAAAUGCUAGCCCAAAUCCCGUUCAAUAUUAUAUCAUGCUUAUCACUUUUUCUCGACAUCAUCCUUAUCACUUUGAUCAUCAAGAAAAGUUCAUCGUCAAUGGCAAACUACAAGUAUUUGAUGCUUAUUUCGAGUUUUCUGAAAGUAUUUAUCGGAGUUCUCCAUUUUAUAAAUCAACCGAAAGUUCAUUUUUAUCAAGCCUCUUACGUUAUUUACAGUGAAAAUCCUGUUGGAUUACCGAGAGCUGUUUCGUUUUGGGUUUUAGCUCUCGACUGUGCUGCAUUUGCGAUGACCCUCUACUUGCUGGCUUUUCAUUUUGUCUAUCGAUAUUUGGCAGAUCUUAAACCCGAUCAACUCUACUUUUUUACAUUCCCAUAUUCUCUAAUUUUCACUGGAAUUUUCUCGUUUAUGACAUUAAACUGGUGGUUGUCAGCUGUAUUUUUUGCUGGGGAAAGUGGAUCUGUAGAUGAAUAUAUUGGCUCAAAUAUGCUUCAAAAAUUCAAUUUAACGCCGGUGGAAUUCUCUUACAUUUCGUCGAUAUUCUAUAAAAAGAAUCUCCAAACUGGAGUUGAAGAACUGAGUUUACACGAUUUUUUGCUUCUGAUCAAUUUGAUGUUCAUAAUUGACACGGGUUUUCUUAUAAUCGGAUAUUGUUGGUUAAAGCUUCAGAAAGUAUUCUCCCAUACCACCAAGCAAUACCUAUCACUAUCCAAACGAACUCUAGAAAUGCAAACUCAACUCUUCAAAUGCAUUGUUGCUCAAACUCUAUUCCCAAUGUUUUUCUUGCUCAUCCCAUCAGGAUGUAUUCUGCUCUUCCCAUUAUUUAAGUUUGAGCCAGGGCCUGUCGAAACAAUAUUCUUACCGAUGAUGGGAGCACAGACUGUAGUAGAUUCUAUGGUCCCUAUGUAUCAGGUUGUCCCAUAAGUUUUUGUACUUUUUUUCAAAUAUUUUUCCAAAACUUCUAGAAAGUUUUAAAAUUUUUUCAUCGUAGGUCGUGUCAAGGUCGGGUCGUCCCCUUUCAGAAAAGAUUCAUUUCAUCCAUUUCUACUUUGCCACGAUGACAAUCAUCAAACUUGAACGUCGAGACGUUAGAUUGCUUCUUCUUUAUGAAUUUCGUCUUGGUCAUUCAGCAAUGGAAGCGGAACGAAACAUAUGCGGUGCGAUGGGUGAGGGAGCACUCUCUUAUAAUACAGCAAAGAGUUGGUUUCAAAAGUUCAAGAACGGCGACUUCAGUCUCGAAGAAAUAGAACGUUCUGGGCGACCGGUAGAGUUAAAUGAAGAAGACCUAGUGAAGCUGGUGGAGGAAGAGCCUCGUCUUAGUCUUCGUGAAAUGGAAGAGAAGCUUGAGUGUUGUCAUAGCACAAUUGCACGUCACUUGGGUCGCCUUGGUUUUACUUCAAAACUUGGAAUUUGGGUGCCUCAUGAACUUUCGGCAUCACAGAAGCUCACUCGGGUCAACGUUUGUACUCAACUUCUAACUUUUCGUCGAAAGUUCGAUUGGCUGAACAAUCUGGUUACUGGAGAUGAGAAGUGGGUGCUCUAUGUUAACCAUUCCAGAAAACGUCAAUGGCUUCCGAUCGGUGAGAAAGGAAUACCGACGCCAAAGCCUGAUCUUCACCCAAAAAAGAUUAUGAUCUGUGUCUGGUGGGGUGUUCAAGGACCCGUGCACUGGGAAUUGUUGCCAACUAAUAAAACUAUCACUGCUGAUUACUAUUGUGCCCAAUUGGACCGAGUUGCAGAAAAGACCAACGGAAAAUAUGAAAAACUAUAUUUUCUUCACGAUAAUGCUAGGCCUCAUGUCGCCAAGAAGACUUUCCAAAAGCUGCAAGAUCUUGGUUGGACUGUUUUACCGCAUCCACCAUAUUCUCCAGAUCUUGCACCAACCGACUACCAUUUGUUCUUGUCUCUCAGUGACUACAUGCGCGACAAGCAAUUCGACGACGAAGAGCAUCUCAAAACUGAACUCUCCACUUUCUUCUCAUCGCGUUCGCCGGAUUUCUUCUCCCGUGGCAUCAUGAUGUUACCUAGUAAAUGGCAACAAGUGGUGGACACUAAUGGUGAAUACUUGUGUGAAUAGUACUACUUGUCGCUUGAGAGAAAUAAAUUUUU